UGGGAAUUAACUGUAAAAAGUUUCAACUCCACAAGAAAGGGUCAAUGCUUCAAUGGCCGUCUUUCUCGCCCAACAUUGCGCUUUCAAUUGUAGUUUCAGGCGCUACAAUUAUGGCCUUUCUUGCACAAGAAAACCUCAAAUCACUUUCCCCCUCAACUUCUCCAUAUAUCUCCAUUCACAUCCGGAUCACCACUCAACCCUUUCCCUCUUUGUUCAACCACUACAGACCUAUCUCCCUCCUGCACCAUCAUCAUCACCACCACCACCACCACCAAACUGUAAAUUUUCCUCCUUUUGCUUUUCUCCCCACCCUUUGACUAAUAAUGUUCCUGUUGUCUCUCCUUUGGUAUGGUUAAUCAUUCCUUUCUCAGAUUCUUUGACCCAGAAGUCUUCUUUGAUUUUUUUCUCAUUGUUCGUGGGUCCCUUUACUUUCUUUGAUUUUGAUUGUUUUGGAGAAGUGGGUCUGUGUAGUUUUAUCUGUACUAUUUGAUUUUCUUGUUUGUUUUUACUGUUCUUGACAAUUGGAGCUGUUUGUAACAAUGGGUUUGGGUGGAGAGUCCGGAGAAAACGAAAAUGAAAUCCCUGAAACAAAAUCAAACCAGCCAAGAGGUUCUACAGGCCAAGAAGAUUCUAGCGAUGAGAGGCUAAGCAGACAGCCAAGUGAAGCCUCUUGUUAUGCAACGGAGGAAGAAGAAGAAGAAGCCCGUUUGCAGUUGGGUCCCAAGUGCAGUAUCAAAGAACAUCUUGAAAAGGACAAGGAUGAUGAGAGUUUGAGGCGGUGGAAAGAACAGCUUCUUGGCAGUGUUGAUGUCAAUUCUGUUGGAGAAACUCUUGAACCAGAUGUCAAGAUUUUGAGCCUUACUAUACUCUGCCCCGGUAGACCUGAUAUUGUUCUUCAAAUUCCUGAGGAUGGGGACCCCAAAGGAGUAUGGUUUACCCUGAAAGAAGGAACCCAUUAUCAUCUGAGAUUCUCUAUUAAGGUCAGCAAUAACAUCGUUUCGGGCCUGAGGUACACCAACACUGUCUGGAAAACUGGUCUUAAGGUUGAUAGCUCAAAGGAGAUGCUUGGAACUUUCAGUCCUCAGCCAGAGCCUUACAUACAUGAGAUGCCAGAAGAGACCACCCCCUCUGGCUAUUUUGCAAGAGGAUCAUAUGCAGCAAAAUCAAGGUUUGUUGAUGAUGACAACAAGUGCUACCUGGAAAUCAACUACACAUUUGGUAUCCAGAAAGAAUGGGUGGAGUGAACAAGAACAUUCCUCUCGCUAUCAGUUCCCUUCGAGUCCUGACGGAAUAGCAACACAAGCACUUAGAAUCAAAUAGAGAGAUCUUUGAUUAUGUUGGAUUGCCCACUGUAUUUGCUUGUUUGUUUUGAUCUUCUUCUUUGCACUUAUACACUUUGCGAAUGAGGCAUUUAGCCGCAUUAACUACGUCAAUUUGCCUUCGUUGUUUUUGUAUAGGCUACACACCAGCAGUUGACAAAUCAUUGCUGUGAAUCUUUUUAUCAAAUUACUAUCUUUUUCUGGAGAACAGUUGUAAAAUUUUCAUGUAUUCAUUUUGUGUGAUGAUAUUCCAAAGGUUGCCUAUGGUGAAACUUGGCAUGGAAUGUAUACACCCUUGAUGUUUCA